AUGAUCUCUAGGAAACGAGCUCGGCGUGGUGGCGGCGCUCCGGGCCCGACAAGCUCCACCACAUCGCUGCAGCCUACGCGCGCCAGCACAUCGUCUCAAGUUAGCGACCUGUCCGCCGCCCCAGUGACAUCGCCAUCACCGUCCGCCUCCGAACCGCCACAGGGCAUGCCGCCGCCGGCUCUGCGACAACUCGAUACGAGCAGCAAGAGCCUCAAGAGCGACAGCAGUGCCAUAUCUGUGCAAGAGGGCAAUAAAACGGUUCACAAAACGAGGAGUUGCCCCCUCAAAGCUGGCUCCACGCCUGACUUCAGCCGAUUUGAAUCCAAGAGGACCGGCGACGCUGCGAGCUUGAGUGGGGCGAGUCAGGCCUCGGUCAAUACAAUGCCCAAGGUCCGGGAGACGGACACUGACGGACCGGCCACAAAGGACGACGCAACCGCCACCGUGCAAGAGGCCCAGAAGAAUAAUACAAAUAACAACGAUGCGACCUCGAAGGAUGCCGCUGAGGAUGCGAAGAAGGACGGUUCCAAAGGCAAUGUGCCACCCGCCGUGGAUGUCGACACGCACGAUACACCGCCGGCUGCAGAUACGCCGCAGAGGCCAUCGACGUCAUCGGGCUGGUUAGGCGGAUGGUUCACCUCAAACCCGGUGCCGGAGAAGAAACCGACAGAAAACGAAAAUACGCUGCAAGAAAAUGCGACAUCGCCGAAAGAGGAAAAUGCACAAUCUAAUACCGAGCCACCGCCUGAGAAUAAUACCGUUGCGUCAGGGGCAGCUGAGCAGCCAGCGCCUACCGCCCCGCAACGAUCCAUGACCAUGUGGCUUCCAUUCUGGUCAAGCAGCAGUGCUCCUGCGGCCGGAAAUGAGGAGGCUGCAAAGGCGACGGAGUCAAAUCCGGCGCCAGCAAAGGAGCCAGAGGAUACGGUCAUGGACGACGCACCGCCAGCCAACCCUGAGCCUGCAACCAAGCCAACGGCUGGCUCAACCUGGGCAUUCUGGUCAAAAGACACUCCAAAGUCCCCUGGAGAACCAAAAGGCACCACCGAGCAUGGAGAACUGGCUGUAAUGGGAGAUGGCUCCGAGGCGCAUCCCAAAAGAGCGAAUUCUCUAGAUAUGGGACGAGACGCAUCUCCAAAACCAGAACCACCGAAGGAGGCUCCUGGAAAGAUCAAGCAGAUCAAGGACAAGGUUUCCAAAGAAGAAAAGAAGCAGGCCUCAAUCCAUGGACAUUGA